AUGCAAGAUCCAAACGCUGAUACACAAUGGAAUGAUCAAUUACGUCGUUUUAAUAUAAUCGGAGAAAAAGAAGAAAUCAAAACUGAAGAGGAACGAUUUGAAAUCGAUCGAGCUGAACAAUUGGAUAAGAAAACAUUAGAUGAAUUAGAUGAACUUGAAGAUGAAGAAGAUGAGCGUGUUUUACAGGAAUAUAGACGAAAACGUUUGUUAGAAUUACAAGAAAAAGCAUCUCGAUCUCGUUUCGGAGAAGUUAUUGAAAUUUCAGCUAUUGAUUACGUUAAGGAAGUCAAUCAAGCUGGCACUGAUAUAUGGGUUGUACUUUAUCUUUAUAAAUCAGGACUUCCAAUAUGCUCAUUAAUUGCUGAUCAUCUUCGUUCACUUGCUUUGAAAUAUCCUGAAACAAAAUUUGUUAAAAGUAUUUCAACUGUUUGUAUACCAAACUAUCCAGAUAAAAAUCUACCAACAAUAUUCAUCUAUUGUAAUGGUGAACUGAAAAAUUCACUUAUUGGCCCAUUCGCAUUUGGCGGUAUGAAUUGUCGUUUUGAACAUUUAGAAUACAAAUUAUAUGAGUCUGGUGCAAUUGAAACAAAAGGCAAACUACAAAAACCUGAUGAUAUGAAAACUUAUGGAGUCAAUGAUGCCGCUGAUGAUUUUCUUCGAUCGUCGAUUCGUCAAAGUAUGAAAAGCGCAAAUGAUGAUGAUGAUGAUUGA